CAUGUCUUUGCCCUCACAUCCAUUUCUUUGCAUUUGUGUAAAGGAAAACUUUGGGUAGCCACAUCUUGAGUGGUCGUUCGUGCUGCUAUAAAGUCAUGAGGUAUUUUAUUAAAGGUGGAGUUUGGAAAAACAGUGAGGAUGAAAUCCUCAAGGCAGCAGUGAUGAAAUAUGGAAAAAACCAAUGGGCUAGGAUUUCGUCUCUACUUGUACGAAAGUCCGCGAAACAAUGCAAGGCCAGAUGGUAUGAGUGGUUAGACCCUAGUAUAAAGAAAACCGACUGGACUCGAGAAGAAGAAGAGAAAUUGCUCCACUUGGCAAAGGUAAUGCCCAACCAGUGGAGAACAAUAGCCCCCAUUAUCGGGAGAACUGCUUCGCAAUGCCUCGAACACUAUGAACGGCUUAUUGAUGAGGCACAAAGAGAACUAGAAGGUGGAGCGGAAGGCUCAAGUGAAGAACUGAGGAAACUUCGUCCUGGUGAAAUUGACCCAACUCCGGAAACGAGACCUGCUCGUCCAGACCCGGUAGAUAUGGACGAAGAUGAGAAGGAAAUGCUGUCGGAAGCAAGAGCUAGACUUGCAAAUACCAAGGGCAAGAAGGCCAAAAGAAAGGCUAGAGAAAAACAACUGGAGGAAGCGAAGAGACUAGCAAUACUACAAAAGAAAAGAGAAUUGAAAGCGGCAGGUCUCAGAGUUGGAACUCGGAUACGUAUCAAAGGUUUUAAUUAUGUUGAAGAAAUUCCUUUUGAGAAAAAACCACCUCCAGGGUUUUUCGACGUAAUUGAGGAAGAGAAAGAGUCUGAACAUAUAACAAAGGAACUGAAACCAAGGGAAGUGGGUCAGUUAAUUGAGAAAUAUGAAGGUAAGCGUCGUAUAGAUCAAGAGGCAGCCGCAAGGAAACUGGAAGCCAAACGACGAAGACUAUUUGAGGAACAAAACCUACCCGAAACAUUAAAGAAUAAUUAUGAGAAAGAAAGAGAACAGAUUCUCAAAGGCUUUCAACGAACAGCUCUGAAGUUGCCAGAACCACAAAUCAACGAUGAGGAGCUACAGAUGCUUCGUAAGUCUUCUUUGGCUACCGAAGAAUAUCAACAGUAUGGAAGAGUGGGAGAAAGGAGCGUUACCGAAAACUUACUUGCGGAUUAUUCCAAGACUCCAACUCCUCAUCAUUACAGUAGAGGUUGGAAUACACCAUCUUCCACCGCUCCACAAAGUGCCUCGCAAACCCCUAUACUAGAGACAUGGAAUGAGACAAAGAGAAGAGAAGCAAGAGAUCUUCUUCAUAUGAGUAGUUCGCAGACUCCUUUAGAAGGUGGUGAAAAUUUACCUCUGACCAACAUGAAUUUUUCACAAGGUUUAACUCCGAAGCAGAAAACUAUACAGACACCCAAUCCUUUGUUGACUCCUUCGGCAGUUUCUCCAAGUCCCUUUUCUUCAGUGUCUGCCUCGCCAAGGUAUUCUUAUUUGCCUAGUCAAGAGGUAAGGCAUUCAGGAUCCAUUAGUAGUUCAAAUAUGGAGGAAAAGGCAAGAAUGAAACUUUUGAGAAAGAAAUUACAGCAAGGUCUGCAGUUGUUGCCCGCUCCACAGAAUGAGUAUAAGUUGACUGUUUCCGAUGAACUUGAGGAGGAUAGAGAGGAGGAACAAGUUGGUAUGGAUGAUUCUAGUCGUGUUGAAGAUGCUCGAGAUGAAAUGGAAAGAAAGAGACGAGCAGAAGAAAGAAAGAGAGAAGAGGAGAAGAAGUUUUGGCCGACUGCUGAGCAACUUGAUUUGCCUUUUGUUUCUUCAGGAAAGAGAUGGUCAUCUGAAGAAAAUCUUGGUGUUGUUGAGAGGCUGAUACUUCAUGAAGUAAAUUAUUUGUUACAACAAAGUCAUUUAAUGCGUGAAAUGAAAGCUGACUCGUCUUCCGAAAAAGACUUUCAGAUAUUGCUGAAGGUUGAUCCAAUGUAUGAAGUUCCCAAGGAAUAUUUUGAACUAGCAAUGAAACAAGUGGAUGAAGAAAAGUCACGAUUGGCAAACUUGAUCAGGGAAUACGAAAGUUGUUGCGAUGUGGAUGAUCCAUAUUUGGGAGUUUUCUCGGAAGAAAAUGGUGGUUCAUUACAAGGCUUUAUAAAGGAAGCAAAUGCGUCCAUGGAGGUUGUUGUAGGCAGCAGACGACAUGAAUGGGAACAUCUCAUUGCUGCUCAAAACAAUGUGAAAGCUAAUAUUGAACAGAUUAUGAAAUAUAUUGAUAUCCAUCAUGGUGGAUAUUGGAAACGGUUAGAGAACUUGAACAAUGAACUGAAUGAUCAUAUUGAUCAAAUAGAGGAGCUAAUCAUUCUCAAGAGCUGCUAUGAACGUGCAGAAAAAAGAGAAGCAGCAGCAUUACAAGAUAGAUUGCUUUCAAAAGAGCGACUUACAAAAGAGCUAAAAGAACGAGAACUCUCAUUACAGAAACAAUAUGGACAACUUGUGAUUGAAAGAGAUAGACUUUUAUCUAGAAAACUUUAGGGUUUGUAAUUUAUGACCAGAGAAAGAGUAUAAUGAGUUGAAAUUAUUCUAUCGAUUAGAUGUCCUACUAUGAAAAAGUUUGUCUUUCAUUUCGUCCAAAUAAAUGAGAUGAGAACCAA